AUGCUUGGGUGGUGUCGUUGGAUUAACUAUCUUGACCCUGUGGGGUAUGCAUUUGAAGCUUUAAUUGCAAACGAGUUCCAUGGUCGUAACUUUGACUGCGCACAGUUUGUUCCUUCUGGUCCAGGAUACCCAACGUCUGGUGAUUCUAUAGUUUGUUCCGUAGUGGGAGCCAGUACUGGAUCUAAUAUUGUUAAUGGGGACGAUUAUAUAAAUCAGUCUUUUGAAUAUUACUUCAGUCAUAGGUGGAGAAACUGGGGUAUUAUUGUGGCCUUUGUUUUGUUCUUUUUGUUUGUUCAUAUUAUUAUCUGUGAGUAUAAUAAAGGCGCUAUGCAGAAAGGAGAAAUAUUAUUGUUCCAAAGAAGUGCUUUGAAGAAAAACAGGUUAAAACGGAAGGAUAUUGAAAGUGGAAAUAUUGAAAAAGUCGAUCCAGAAUUUAACAAUGAAAAGAUGUCCGACAGCGACAUGGAUAAAUUACCUUCUUCUGGAGAUAUAUUUCAUUGGCGUAAAUUAACUUACCAAGUUAAAAUCAAAUCAGAAGAUAGAGUAAUUUUGAAUGAC